AUGCCAUUGACAUUUUUAUUACUCUUAUUAAUCAAUAUAAACUUAAUACUUCUAAAUAAUACAUCAUCAUUUGAUUUAAUAUUGAAUAUAGACGAUAAGGAUAAUUAUUUUCGAUUUGUUGAAAUCAUAACAUCAACUAAAAAUCAUCUAUUACCAUCUGUUAUUAUUCUUGAUGGUAAUGAUCAUAAUCCUACGACAAUAAAUUCAUCAUAUUCAUCAUUCAUUCAAACUUAUCACAUAGAAUCAGAUGAAAAUCCAUUUAAUAUUGCUACUAUUAUUAAUCGAGUAUCUUCGAAUUCUAAUUUAUUAUAUGCUAUAAUUCAAAUAUCGAAUGAUUCUUUAUAUGAUGUUAUUGCAUCGAUUUCAAUAAGUGAAAUAAGAUCAAAACGAUCAUGUAAUGAUGAUUAUAUUGUUAAACACAAUGGUUUAAUACUUAAACAAGCAUAUGUUUCUAUUCAAUGGCAUAACAAUCGUGAACGACGUUUUGCUAAGAAAUUUCAAAAUACAAUGUCGAAAAACAUCAUAUCAUCAAUUACUUUACCUAAAACUAUUAAAAAUCGAACAUUUUCUUCAAAUAAAAAAGUAAUUCCUAAAAAAUCUCGUCAUAUAUAUCUUGAAAUCAUUGCUAUUAUUGAUAGUCUUAUAUUACAUGAUGUUCAAAUAUUAUUAAAUAGAACUGAAUUUGAAACAAUUGAAAUACUUAAACUUUAUUAUAUUCAUAUAUUUAUUGGUGUUGAACAAAUCUAUCGGCAAUCAUUAAUUCAUGAAACAUUUGAUAUUCAUAUUCGUUUAUCAAAAAUUAUCUUUUCUACUAAUCAAUAUCGUCUACCAUGGGAAUUAUUUAAAAAUAUUUCAUCUCUUACAAAUAUUUAUCGAAAAUCACCUAAUAACUUACAUUUAAGACCUAAUAUUAGUAUGAAUCUUCUCAAAUCUCUACAGCAAGCUUAUACAUCAAAUCAAUUUGAUAGACGUUUUUUUACUAAUACUGUUGAUCAUAUUAUGACAUUUACUCGUCUAGAUCUUAUUGAUGGAGCUGGUUUAGCAUAUGUUUCAGGUCUUUGCUUACCUCUAUAUAAAUACUCAAUUAUUCAAGAAGAUUUUAAUUCAUUUUCAGUUAUGUUAACUGUAACACAUGAACUUGGUCAUAAUCUUGGUUUACGUCAUGAUGAAAUAGAAAAUAAAUGUAAUGAUCCUCAUAAACGAUACAUAAUGUCACCUAAAAUUAUAAGUACAAUGGAUCGUCCUAAAGUAGCUUAUUUUUCUCAAUGUUCAAUAAAAGAAUUAAAUUAUUUUAUUAAUAAUACAACAACAAAAUGUUGGAAAAAUAAAAUCAUUAGUACAAAAGAUGAUAAAAUAUUAGAAAAAGAUAGAAAUCUUAUUUCAACUCAAUUAGGACAAAUUAUUAAUCUUCGUCAACAAUGUCAAUUACAAUAUGGAUUACAAGCUAUUCCAUUUAUUUCUGUAACAUAUAAUAAAAGUCAAGCAUUAUAUGAAGAAAAUAUUUGUCAUGAAUUAAAAUGUUUUAAACAACCAACUGAUGAUUUUAUGUAUUGGCAAGAUGGAGCAUUGGAUGGUACUCCAUGUGGUGAAAAUCGAAUAUGUCAUCAAAAAAAAUGUGUAUCAACAAAUCAGAAAAUGAAACGAAACGAUUUAGCUCUUUGUCCAUAUGGAGAUUUAUUUGUACCGAUUCGUAUGUUAAAUUUAAAAGAUAAACUUAUGACAGGUAAUAUGCUUUGUUCCGAUGCUCUUAAUCUAUUACGAGCACAUGGAAUGAAUGUUACGUAUUUAUGUUAUAAUUCAAUAUUACCUUAUCAACGCAUUUGUUGUGAAGAAUGUAAAAAACAUUUAAUACCGGAAUGUGGAGAUCUUCAUUCAAGAUGUCCAACAUUUGUUCAAUAUUGUCAAAUGAAAUUUGUUCGUAUUGAUGGACGAUCUCCUACAGAAUUAUGUCCAUAUACAUGUGGUCAAUGUUCUCAUUUACUAUCGCCUCCAACCACCAUCACCACAACAACAAUAAGAACAGCAAUCGUACACACAUUGACGAAAAAGGAAAGAAAAAUACCUUUGACAAAAGUUCCACCAACAGAACUAGUCAAAACAAUAAUACUCAAACCUCGAAAAUAUAUUAAGCCUAAAAAAUUUACUGAACAUACAUGUAUUGAUUCGGUUGAUUGUUCUCAAUUAAUCAAACUCUAUUCUAAAUUAAAUAAAAAUGUUAAAAAUUGGUGUACUGAAUAUUCAACUAUGAUUAAAGGUCGUUAUUUUGUUGAAAUGUGUCCAAAAUAUUGUUCCUUAUGUAAUAUAACGUCCGUAUGUGAUCGAUAUAAAUUAUGUAGAAAUAAUGGUAAAUGUAUUAAAAAUGAAUAUGGUACACAUCAAUGUAUAUGUUCACCAUUAAAACCUUUUUAUGGUGCAUUAUGUGAAUAUCGACGAACAUGUUUAAAUAAACCAUGCUUAUCAAAAAAUGAUAUUUGUCUUCAAACUCAAGGUGAAAAUUAUGUUUGUUUAUCAAAAGAACAUAAAGAAAAAAUAUAUACUGUUCUAAAUUCGAUUUCCUCAAUUGAUCUUAAAAAUACUCGAAAGAAAACCUAA